AGGCGUUUCUCCGACCAUGCCUGAUCCUGCUAAGUCCGCUCCGGCCCCGAAAAAGGGCUCCAAGAAGGCGGUGACUAAGGCGCAGAAGAAGGAUGGGAAGAAGCGCAAGCGCAGCCGCAAAGAAAGUUAUUCCAUCUAUGUAUACAAGGUGCUGAAGCAGGUUCAUCCUGAUACCGGCAUCUCGUCCAAGGCCAUGGGCAUUAUGAAUUCUUUUGUAAACGACAUUUUUGAGCGAAUUGCAGGUGAGGCGUCGCGCCUGGCGCAUUAUAACAAGAGGUCCACCAUCACCUCCAGAGAGAUCCAGACGGCCGUGCGCCUGCUGCUGCCCGGGGAGCUGGCCAAGCACGCCGUGUCCGAGGGCACCAAGGCCGUCACAAAGUACACUAGCGCCAAGUGAGUUGGCGUUGGCUGCAAAUCAAUUCUAACGGCUCUUUUAAGAGCC